AUGGUCUAUGACUUGAACAAUGUACCACUUGUCUCGGGAGGUUCCCUGAUAAAAUGGCACUUCCCACACAGCAUUCACUCAGAGCACCGCGGCAAGACGCAGAAAUGCCCUAUUGCUAACCACCGAGUUGAGUACAACUACUCAAAGAUCAUCCCGAUCCGCAUCGCUGUCGACCGCAACAACAAUCUCACCGAGUGUCCGGUCGAGUUUGAGGUUCUGCAGCUGUUCAACACCAAUGGCACAGUGAACGGAAACGGUCCAGCGCCCGUCCGGGAAGAGAAGACUACUCUAGGUGUCGUCCGCCUCAACCUGACCGAGUAUGUCGAGGAGAGCGAAUCCAUCCUCCGGGAUGGUCUCGGGACCGGAAUCAGCCCUUUCCUCGGAUCUCCGGGUGGUCCAGCAGCGACCGACUUCCGGCUCGGACACAGCCGUAACCGCAGCUCACUAAGCGCGGUUACACUAGCACCGGCGGAUUGCAACAGCCCCAAGUAUCUACGGCCCGAUGCGGAGGAAAAGGAGCAGGAACGUCCCAUGACGGCUAUGACCACCAAGACCUUCGUCACGACAGCCACAAUGACCCCGGCAGAGGACGUCCAAGAUGGCGUGGUGCGCCGCUACCUGAUGCAAGAAAGCAAGAUCAAUUCGACCCUCAAGAUCAGCAUCCUCAUGAUCCAAGUCGAAGGGGAGCGUAACUUCAUCGCCCCGCCGCUCAAGACCGCUCCCGUUUUCGGCGGCAUCGCCGGCCUCGUGGCGGGCGACGUGCUGGAUCCCAACGCCGACGCCCACGCCGCGGCCCGCAACCACCACCAAGCCGCAGCCGACCUGGCGCUGGGCCAGUUACCCAGUCUCAGCCACAAGUCGCGGGACAUGUUCGAGUUGCAGGACUGCUACCGUCGGGUGCUGGCUGCCAGCUGGGAGUCUCAGCCGGGCGAGUUGACAGCCGAUCAAUGCAUCGAGGACAUCUUCUCCGGAGGCGACGGGUUCCGAACGGACAUGUCUUCGGCAGCGAACACCCCUUCGCCCAUCUCGCGCGGUCGCGGGGGUUACAGCAACAACGCCAGCACAUUCGGAGAUGAUGGAUUACGUUUGGGACAUAGGAAGAAGCGCAGUUUCGGAGGACGACACGAACACGGACACUUCCGCGCCUCCUCGGGCCAGUACUACCGCGACCAGCGCGACAAGCUCGCGGCCGCCAUUUCCAUAGGACUGGGUGGUGUGCCGGGGCCGGUGCCCACGACUCCCGGGCCGAACAAAACCUACCGUACUCCAAGCGCUGGUUCUUCCCGGUCCCGCCACCUCCGCCGCCGCGACGAGCCCACCAGCGGUUCGGCUUCCGGUGACGAAGACAGCGGUAGCAAUGGUAACUCCAACAACAGAGAUACCCUCCGCCCACAAACUGCCGCCCCAUCAUCAUCAACGCAGACACAAGGAAGCAUGGCCCGCAUAAGACAGCACAUGCGCCACCACAGCGGAACGAGUGAUAAGAGCAUUCGAACCGUGAUGGCUGAACAGCAGCAACAAGACCAACAGGCCCCCGAAGCAACCGCUGCCGAUAAAGCUCUAGAUACCUGGUACAACAUCAACAACUACGGUUUCACGCGCGACAGCACCGGGGCAGCAGGAGGAGGAGCCGACGACGCCAACAGCCUCAAGAACCUUUUGCACAGUCUAAACAAUAAACCCAACAACCUCAACAGCAGCAGCAAUGGCUACAAUCGCCCGGCAACCUCCGCUUCUACCAUGACUUCAACCCCAACAGCCACCGCAGCCAACAACAACGCAGUAAACACAAUCAACACAUCCCUCAACAACGGCCUCUCCCCCGCUUUUAGGGACCUAGGCAAGAUGUUAUCAUCAUCCACUGCUCCGCUCGUGCAAAACUCUUCCGCCGCUUCUGGCCCCGGCCCUGGCCACAGCCACUUGAACUCGCCGUUCCACCAAAACCAGCACCAGCAACAGCAACAACAACAACAAGACGCCGCCGCAUCCAUGGGAGUGGUGAUUACAGAUGGAGAGAAUAAUAGCUAUGAGAGUAACAUUGGGAGAAUGGGCUUCGGUGGAGACAGAGGACGUGAUAGAAGUGAUAGCCUGGCUAGUCUGGCGACUUUGUCACUUGGUAGUGAGGCGGGGAGUGGAAGUGGGUAUGGAUAUGGGGGAAGAGGAUGGGGAAAUAAAAAGGCGAGAGAGGUGGAUGAGUUUGAAGUUAGGGAUGAUUUGGUUGCUUGGACUAUUGCUGCUCGCAGCUAG